AUGGUUGAGGUGAAGGAGCCGGAGAUUAAACUAUUUGGGAUGAAGAUUGUGCUGCCGGAGAACGGGAAAAAGGUUGCCGUGGUCGCCGGCUGCGAGUCUUCCGACGAGAUUGAUGAUGAAAGUUGUGGUGGGUCCGAUAAGAGGUUCUGUUUGGAUGAUAAUAAAGUGAACAUAGUCGAACAAGAAGAAGAUGCAGAAAAAGCAGAUGCUGAUGAAGAAAAACAGCAGAUUGAAGAGGAUGGAUUAGCACUACGGUGUUGUGAAUCAAAACCACAAGAAAAGGAUCUGCGUCCAGCUGCAGGGGAAUCCCAAAACUCUAUCCCUUCAUCGGAAUUUGAUGAUCCAAAAACUCCCAACAUUGAUGAAGAUGUGGCAUCAAUACAUCCUUCCAAAAGUGAGAGUGAUCCAAGUGAUGGAACUAAUUCACAGCACAAAACACUGAAAAAGCCGGACAAAAUCCUUCCAUGUCCUCGCUGUAAAAGCAUGGAUACGAAGUUCUGUUACUACAACAAUUACAACAUCAACCAGCCUCGCCAUUUCUGCAGGAGUUGUCAAAGAUAUUGGACAGCUGGUGGUAAUAUGAGGAAUGUGCCAGUGGGAGCUGGUCGACGCAAGAACAAGAAUUCUGCCUCUCACUGUCAUCAUUUUACAAUCUCUGAAUCCCUUCAAGCAUCUAAACUUGACAGUCCAAAUGGAUUCUAUCACUCAACAUCUAGACCUAAUGGCACUGUUCUGUCCUUCAGUCCCGACUCACAAAUUUGUGAAUCGAUGGCUUCUGUUCUGAAUCCUUCAGAGAUAGAAGUGCCAAAAGGUAUUCGAAAUGGAUAUCAUAAAACUGAUCAAGGGGCCCCGAUUUAUUGCAAAAUUGUCGAGAAUUGUGAUGAUUUUUAUAGUGGAUCGGCCGUCACAACAUCAAAGUCAACGAUAGAGGGAGGCAAGAAUGGAUCCCUUGAGCCAGUUGUGCAAAAUAUUAAUGGGUUUCCGUAUCCAGUUCCAUGUCUUCCCGUGGUUCCUUGGCCUGUACCCUGGGCUUCUGCAACUCCAGUGCCACCCAUCUGCCCUGCAGGAUUUCCCAUGCCAUUCUACCCUACACCUUAUUGGAAUGUUACAUGGUCAUCGUCACAAUCGCCUACACCAAAUCAAAAGGCAUCGAGCUACAGUCCCGACUCACUACUGGGCAAGCAUUCAAGGGAUGGGGAAUUGCUCAAACCAAAAAAGCCGGGGAGUAAAGAAUGUCUUGAAGAGAAGAAUUCAGAAAGUUCUGUUGUGAUUCCAAAAACUUUACGGAUUGAUAAUCCUGAUGAAGCUGCAAAGAGUCCAAUAUGGGCAACGCUUGGGAUUAAAUACGAUUCUAGUUCCACAACUGCUUUUGGCCUUUUCAAUUUGCCAUUAUGCUUCUUUCUUUUUCUUUUCCCUUUUCCCGUUGUGUAG